CUUCAUUUGGACAACUUUAAAGGUGAUUUUCUUUUAGAUUAUAAGCCUAUUUAGAUUUAGAUAAGAAUAUUUAGAUUUUUUUUUGCACCCUCAGAUUCCAGAUUUUCAAAUAGUUGCAUCUCGACCAAAUAUUGUCAUAUCCUCACAAACCAUACAUUAAUAUAUUGAAAAAUUGACCAUUAUGACUGGUUUUGUGGUCCACAGUUACAUAUGUAGAUGAAGCUGACAAAGAAGCUUAUAAAGUAAAGUUAUUGUUGUGAUUGUCAUGAUCAUUUUUUGGAGUACCUAAAAAUUGUGAUAAAGCUGCAGAGAGAAAAAAUGAUCAUCUUGUUGUAUUUCAACACAUCACCAGAGGGCGCUACAAUUGAAUUGCUAUUUGAUUGAUGAAAUGAGUUGCAUUAUUGUACAAACAAACGCUGUAAAGUUAACUUUCCCCCCUCUAAUACUGAAAUAGUGUUAGAUGGAGGUAUCUCAGUGCUAAAAUAUAUAUUUGGCUUAAUAUUUUGUUAUGUUCAAUCUAAAAAACAAUCGGCAGUUGCGAAAUCAAAGCUAAUCUCCAAGUAAAGGUUAUUCCUUUACUUACUUUCUGAAACACGAAAACCGAAAAGGUAGUUAGGAAUACAGCAGGGGCUUGGAUAAGAAUUCUCAAGCACAUUUCACUAGGCUGUCCGAUGAAGAAACUGGGCUAAAACUGAAGGAUGCGCACAUCGUCAAAGGCAGGGAGAGAGAGAGUUGCGCUUCAUCCACGAGGAACGAGCGUGUGGCAAAUCCUCACUGAACAGUUCCUCAAACUUCAUCUCAGUAAUUUAAAUGGAAACAUGCAUAUUCUGCCCCACUUAAUUUAUGCCACAGAUGUCACAGCUGUUCCUGAAAUGACUGGUUUGUUUAUUCCAUAAGAGGGAUCAACAUGGGAAAACUGCAAUCGAAACAUGCAUGUAAACGGAGAGAAAAUCCAGAGGGAGAUGCUUUUAAGGAGCUUGAGUGUAUCGGUGAAGUGGACAGAAACAAGCUGGUAAAGGAUCUGUGUGGUAGAGAUCCAAAAGUAGAUCAUUACUGUGCGCUGCAAGUAACACUGCCACCAGAGAGAGUAAUGGAGAAUCCCAAAUCUUUGCUUUCUUCUCCUGAAAAUGGAAGGCAGCAUCCACUCAAAGAUGCACUGAGGAGAAAUGGGAAGAGUGAUGAUAAGGAGUGUAACGUGUCUGUCAUGGAUGAAAAUCGUCGAGAGUGGAUGAUUACGUUGUACAAUUUGGACAACAAUGGGAAAAUAACCAGAGAGAAUAUGUUGAGCUUGAUGCAGACGAUCUAUGAGGCGGUCGAGGCAUCAGUAAAACAGCUGGUGCUCAGCAAUGGCACAAGCCUGCGAGUGAAGCUGAGCGUCACUCCAUUAUCCAGCAGAAAAGAUCGGGAUGCUGGGAUGCAGUCUGUGAAUGAGCGGGAUCAGAUAAAGGAGGCAGUGCGGUGUGUAGAGAGCCAUCAUUCUCAGAUCAGAGGACUGAACUCGGAUCAGUUGGGUGUUCUGGAGAAGAAGCACUACUCCGUAGAUGAAAACACAGAACGUAGGAACCACUAUCUGGAUCUGGCUGGAAUUGAAAACUACGCUUCUCGAUUUGAAGAAACAUCAGCUGAGGAGCAGCCUCAGGACAGCCCUGCGGCGCGUGGCCAUCACCGUCGCUCUCAACCCGAGACCUGCAGCCCUGUGGAGUCCUCUGGGAAAUCCAUUCCUUUCCUCAGGUCACUCCGCAGCCGCAGCAAGUCUGUCGGUUAUAGUGGAGCCACAACCAAACCCAGCAAGCUCCAUGGGCAUCACCCUAUGACCUGGUGCCACCCAUCCCAACAGCAACCUCUGCUGCACAGCUCCAGCAAACGCGUCCGUGCCAGAGCCCGUGAGACGGCAUCACCUUCCAGAAGCAACCAUGACAGAGAUGUACACAGCUUUAUGCCCGUUCCUCAAAGACAUGAACACCAUCAUCACCAUGAGCAUCACCAUCACCAUCAUCAUCAUCACCAUCAUCACCCCUGCGUAAGAGUUCUGAAAUCCUCCUGAAUGUCUGAGUAGCAAACUAUCAUAAUCAGUGUUAUUUUUUUUGUAAAAUUAAAGAUGCAGGUGGUUCAUUGGCCAAACAGACAAAACUUGAACAUUUAUGUAAUAAUAGGGACUGAACCACUGUUUUCCAUGAUAUGAGAACCGCACCUGCUCAUAAAAAUUCAGUAGAAAAGAAUCUGCAUUCAUUAUGCUGGUGUGCAGCUCCCUCUUGUGGUUAUGAACGGAAUUCAUAGCUCCUAUUUUGAUUAUAAUGCAUUUGGCGGACUUUUCUUGUGAUUUGGAAAAUGUGCCAUGUUAGUAAAUGCUUAAAGAUUGUAAUAUUUGUGAGGCGCAACACAAUUUUUUCCUCAGGAAUGCGUUUUAUAGACUAUAUGACCACUUUUAUUGUAUGUUAUUACAUAUAGUAUUGUUCUCAUUUAUGUAGUUUUGAUUCAACUUGCUUAUUAUAAUACAUUGAUUGCAAUCAGUGUUUUUUAAAACCAAAGUCUUUACAACUAUAUUGCAUGUUUAUGUUCUGAAUAGGGUUGCUAAUAUUAUAUUAGAAAAUGGCAUGUUUUAUUGUUGACAUCAUAGUUAAAAACUAUAAAACACAUAAUGUACCAGACAAAAUAAAAGAUUAAAUUAAAUAAGGGAAACUGCACAUUCACUUUUUAAAAGUAGGGAGUAUCCCUGUAUGAGACAGUCAAAAAACAAGCAAGCAAAAAAAUGUCACGUUAAACGAAUGUCUUCGGUGUACAAUUAUAAUUACUUAAAUUAGUCUGCGAAUUUUCGUAUGCGAAAUCCAGUCAUUCUAAUAGAAAUCCACUUGGUUGGUGUGAUCAUAUUAACGAAAUUUCUAUAUAUGUCAACAGUGAAAUCACAUUAAAACCAAGCAACUUCCUCUUGGUCAACAUGGCGAAGUUGCUUGACCAAUUUGAUCAGAAGCGAAAUCUUUGCGGGGAACUUUUUCACCUUCACGCAAAACUCCUGAUAAUGUGGAUUCCUAUUAAAAUGUCACCUUUAAUAAUGUUUAAAAACAUGACAUACAUUUUAUCUUUAUAUUAGAAAUUAUUUAGUUUUUUUCAGUUGACACCACCUAUUUUGUCACGUCCCUCAAGGCCUUCUAUGAAAGUGUACUUGUACAUCAAGGCCCCGCCCACACUCCUGCAGAAUUGGUUAAUACAGUUUUCUGCAGAACAACUCGUUAUGUCGGUGUGAAAUAAGUUCUGGAAAUGUAGAAAUUAAAGUUAAAACUCCAAUCUAAUCCUUAAGAUCCAGAAUAAAAGUAUGUUAGUGCUUCAGUGACUCAAUCAAUCAUGAUGGCAAAACCCGCAUUUUUAUAGCAUCAAAUAACUAACUAAAACUUAUUUAAAGGUGCCAUCGAACGUUUUUUACAAGAUGUAAUAUAAGUCUAAGGUGUCCCCUGAAUGUGUGUGUGAAGUUUCAGCUCAA